AUGUUUGACCCAGCUGUACUAAACAUUCCAGCUGUGAUUUUUGACAAUGGUUCUGGACUCUGUAAAGUUGGAAUUUCAGGAGAGAGUAGACCCCGACAUGUCAUCGACUCUGUUGUUGGCCACCCAAAAUUCAACAUACCAUCAGCAAGAACCAAUCGGAAAAGGUACUUUGUGGGAGAAGAAGCCCAGUGCAUGUAUGAUGGCUUAUACCUGCACUAUCCUAUUGAGCAUGGACUGGUAACUAGAUGGGAUGACAUGGAAAAACUGUGGAAGGACCUUUCUGAGUGGGAGCUAGGAGUGAAACCCAGUGAACAGCCAGUUUUCAUGACUGAGCCCUCCUUGAACUCACAAGAGACCUGAGAGAAGACCACAGAAAUAAUGUUUGAGAAGUUUAACAUACCUGCCUUGUACCUUUGUAACCAUGCAGUGGGAGCCUUGUGUGCUUCUGCAUGUAUCACUGGCCUGGUAGUGGACAGUGGAGAUGGGGUCACUUGUACUGUCCCUAUCUACGAGGGCUACGCUUUUUCUCAUGCCAUCACCAAGCUAUAUGGGGCAGGGAGAGAUAUCACAGAACACCUCACCCGACUCCUUGCUAAAGGUUACACCUUCCCCUGCAUCCUCAACAAAGCAGUGGUGGAUGACAUUAAAGAGAAGUUAUGCACUGUUUCCUGGGGAUGUGAAGACACCCACAAGAAUUAUCAGCAGGAACUAAAGGAAUACAAACUUCCAGAUGGAAAGGUCAUUCAGAUGAGUGAGCACCUGUGCCAGGUGCCUGAGGUACUUUUUAUAUCUGAUCAUCUAGGUAUUCAUGAUCUAGGAAUCUCAAAAAUGGUUUGCAGCAGCAGCAUCAUGAAGUGUGACACUGAUAUCCAGGAGACCCUGUUUGCUGAUAUUGUGCUGUCUGGAGGUACUACCCUGUUUUCUGGGCUUCAGUAUAGACUCCUGAGAGAACUGGAAUCUCUGGCCUUUGAGGGAACCCCAAUCAAGAUCACAGCUUCCAGGGACAGAUGCUAUUCAGCUUGGAUUGGUGGAUCUGUCGUGACUUCCUUGAAAACAUUCAAGCAGAUGUGGGUCAAUGCUGAGGAGGAGUUCAAAGAGUAUGGGGCAUUUGUGGUUCAAAGAAAAUUUAGCUUUUUUGGGUCAGAGUUUUUCUUCUUGUACUUUCUGUAG